GGCCCGUGAGGAAGAAGAGGCUGCGGCACCGGGACUGACCCGUGCCAAGAGAAAGUCAACAUCAGGCAGCCUCCCUGGGACCCGGACCGACCCAGUCAGCAAGAAGUCAAACUAGAAGCAUCAGUGUGGGGACUUGUCAUCAGAGUUGAUAUUAACAAAGGCAAUAUAAAUAUAUAACUGAAGACAUGGCACCCACUUUGGCAACAGCACACCGGCGCCGUUGGUGGAUGGCAUGCACUGCAGUGGUGGAGAACCUUUUCUUUUCAGCUGUGCUGCUAGGAUGGGGUUCUCUCCUUAUUAUGCUGAAGUCAGAGGGAUUCUAUUCAUAUUUAUGUCACUAUCCAGAAAACACAACUUAUAAUAACAGCACUCUCUCGGGAAAUGAGACGGAACUAGUAAUGGAGAUGAAUGGCUGGCUUAUUUGUAAGGACCAGGAUGAAAUGUUAAAUUUGGCCUUUACAGUUGGAUCAUUUCUACUCAGUGCCAUAUCUCUUCCCUUGGGAAUCAUUAUGGACAAAUAUGGACCCCGCAAGCUUAGGCUUAGUGGAAGUGCCAGCUUUGGGGUAUCCUGUCUAUUGAUAGCAUAUGGAGCAAGUAAUCCCAACUCUCUGUCAGUGCUGAUCUUUGUAGCCCUGUGUUUAAAUGGCUUUGGCGGGAUGUGUAUGACUUUUACUUCGCUCACACUGCCCAACAUGUUUGGUGAUCUACGUUCAACCUUCAUUGCGCUAAUGAUUGGAUCGUAUGCUUCUUCUGCUGUCACCUUCCCUUUCAUCAAGGUAAUAUAUGAUCUCGGUGUGAGUUUUAUUACAAUCUUGAUUGUCUGGGCAGCUUGUGCAGGUCUUGUUUUCUUCAACUGCUUUUUCAACUGGCCCUUGGAACCAUUUCCUGGACCAGAAGACAUGGAUUAUACUGUGAAGAUUAAGUUUAGCUGGCUGGGCUUUGACCACAAGAUUACAGGGAAACAGUUCUACAAGCAAGUAACCACUGUGGGGCGCCGGCUUAGUGUUGGAGGCUCCAUGAAAAAUCCCAAAGAAUUGUCAGCCUUGCAGAGCGGAAACAAGCUGUGUUUGUCGACAGUAGAUCUAGAGGUUAAAUGCCAGGCUGACACUACAGCAACUCCACCUUUUAUGAAGAGUGUGUUCAGUCCAAUCCUUUUGCUCAGUCUCAUCACUAUGUGUGUUACCCAGCUCCGUCUCAUCUUCUACAUGGGAGCCAUGAACAAUAUCCUGGAGUUUCUAGUGGAUGGAGAUAUGGACAGUGUCAGUCUGUAUACAUCCAUCUUUGGAGUGCUGCAACUCCUCUGCCUGCUAACGGCCCCUGUUAUUGGAUACAUCAUGGACUGGAAGCUAAAGGACUGUGACGAUGGAAAUGAGGACACAGACGAGAAGGAUACUAAUCCAGAUGGAAAGAAAAGAAAGAAACGCGAUCGCCACAUUCAGAAGAUUACAAAUGCCACAAGAGCCUUUGCAUUUACAAAUUUGUUACUGGUGGGAUUUGGAGUUACAUGUCUCAUUAACAACCUACCCCUACAGAUUCUGUCCUUCAUUUUGCACACAAUUGUCAGAGGAUUCAUCCAUUCAGCUGUAGGAGGCCUCUAUGCUGCUGUAUACCCUUCAACACAUUUUGGCAGUUUGACUGGAUUGCAGUCUCUUAUUAGCGCACUUUUUGCAUUAUUACAACAGCCCCUCUUCUUGGCAAUGAUGGGACCCUUAGAAGGAGAUCCACUUUGGGUAAAUGUUGGCUUAUUGGGGGUUAGCAUGUUUGGAUUCUGUCUCCCACUCUACCUCAUCUUCUACAAGCGAAGCCUUGAGCGGCAAAGAAAACAGAAGAUCGAAGACUCAAAACUUUACUUGAAAAUCAACGGCACUCCGGAUCAUGAAGCCUUUGUGUGAAUAACACCAAAGGCCAAACACUUUGCUCCUUUCCAUUUGCACUCUGGGAAGGUAUCGCUCCAGUUUAAACAAGUCACCAUUUCAGAACAAACUGCAAGUGCUCUAUCCUUGCACCAUACGUCUCAUGGUGCCCUGUCUAGCAAUGUUAUGUCAUUUACCCUGUGUUGUCAAACACACUUCAGUUUGGGGAGAAAAACCGAACCAGAGGAAUCGAACACUGACUUGUACAAGAUGGGAUUAGCAUUACUAUCAGUAGUAAAUUCAGGUAUUACAUCGAUGCCUGCCCAAAUGCUAUAUAAGUUCUACUGACCUGGAAGUGUUUCUCUCUUUAGUAAAGAAUGGAUAUAUGAGCAGUAAGCCUUGGACACAUGCACAGGCUUUGUACUGUAUUAUCACGUGGAGAAGCUGGACUACUACACAACUUGUGUGGACUGAUUUCUCUGGGUGCUAAGCAAAGAAAUAGCAAGAGUCAAGAUUGUGGUCACUGUAAUAUCACAUUAUAACAUGAACAGACUUUGGCUUAGUUCUCUUCUCUUCUUUUGAUCCAACAUAGCAGCUAUUAUUAUUGACCUUUAUUCUACUCUUGCUAAGAAAGGAGUGAAAUAAAUAGGCAGGAUGAGAAAGGGAUCUUGUCAUUACCAUAGUUGUUCCUGUUUGCGGAAGGGGCAAUGGUGCUCUGCUAUGAAAAAGUUGAGAGAUCCAGUUAUUUCUGAUGCUAUAAGGGAUUAACCACCACAUCGAUUUUAUGUGAGUCCUAAGUCAGCAGAACCCAGUGAGGUGCACGUUUUCUAGUUGUGCCAUAAAGUCCUCAUGCAAUAUGUUAAGAAAGCGGAGCAAUACCUGUUGGUUUUGAAAUGUUUUUGAUAUAUAACUAACAUUAUGUUCUGUGCAUGACUGGAUGAUGUAUUUUUAUAUGGAUGUUAUUUUCUUCUGAGGACUUUCCUUGCGGUGGAGCCAAAGAAACUCCACUUUGGAACAAAAUUAGUGAAACCAGGUGACUGUGCAGUUCAUGGUCCCUUCACCCAUUUUUGGUUUGGAGUUGUCAGAUUUUUCCUUUCUUAGCAUCUUCUAUGAGUGCUUUUUUCUACUUUCCUAUUUUCCCAAACAUUAUAGUCUUCAUUGUCCUUGUUGUGCUUAAUUCUAUCAUAUUCCAUGUGUUUGUAGACAUGUAUUGCAUUGGUCUAUUUCUACUGCUUCCUUCUAUUUUCCUUUAUUUAAGCUGUCAUAGUUAGGGGUUUAUGAUUACUUUAUUCCCAUCAUCCCCGUUUAGUAGUCCUGCUGGUUUGAGACGAGUAGACAGCUGUCAAAGCCCCAUACCUGUGUGCAACCUGAUUGGGUGACCUACUGUCAGUCUUUUGUGCGAUCAGAGGUGAAUCUGGGAACAUGAAUGUUUUGGGAAGCAAAACUCAACUCAGAUACAUCUGGCAUCAGGAAAACACAAGCAUUUGCUCACUGGCACAGCCUGCACAACCACAGAUACACAUUGGAAAAAUUAUUUCCAGGCCGGGGGCAAUUCAGUUGUAAAACAGUAACCGUCUUUAUGUUUGAUAACAAUCAUCUGACUCGGAAAUGGACAAAUCGUCCGCACUAUUCUUUAGAACAGGCAGUUUCCGGAUAAUUGACUGGUAAUUGCCAGAACUUUAUCAGAAAGGAGAGACAGAGAUCAGUUUUCUUGUAAACCCUAGGUUAUGUGAUGGCAGAAUGCAGGUUCUGCUGCUUAAUAGAUGUUAAGAGGAAAUCUAUAGCACAAAAGCAAUAC